UUUAUUGCCGAUUCCCCUUCACCGGGUGUUCUCCAAGGGCACGCACGACAACAACAAAAACGACAACAGCAACAACAGAUGAUUGGCAAGCGCGCCACCUCGGAAGAAGACGAAGAGGAAGAGUAGGAAAAUGCGAAACCCGAAUCCGCCAGGUCUGUCGCCUUUCCAGGCGCCGCCCAACCGCGCGCUGGGACCACCUACGGCUGCGACCACAAACCCGGCGCGUCCUCCACAGCCCAUUCCAUAUGGGUUUCCCACAGCAGCAGGAGUACCCCAGGCGUCGCAAGCAGCCGGCUUCUAUCAACACCCACAGAGAACUGUCCCCGGUUUUCCCCGUGAUGCUGCACCUCAAUAUGGAAGCACUGCGGCCGCGGGAAGCAGUCAGGAGGCACUAGUAGCGGGCUACCAUGGCGACCCAGGAGGGGCCGUGCCGGAAGACUUCGAGUCCACUGAGGGAGAAUACAAGACGCUGUUCUUUGAGAAACAAGUGGGUCCUUUCCAAGCGUGGCAACUCUUCAUCAUGUGGAUGGCCAUCACUGGUCUUGCUGUCUACAUCGCCAGCCUCAUCGGCUUCCGUCACACUGGCGACAUCAACGGAACAUGCGACGAUAACACACCGUGUCGGGGAUUGGCACAGUGCCUGGACGGUUACUGCACCUGCCGGCAGCCACAGUUCGUGGUCGUCGAAGGAGUCUGUGCAAAAAAGACGACCGAGCAAGGUGGCUUCAAAGUGGACAGCGAAAAUGAGUGA